UGGUGCACCACCCAUGGGAAAGCAGGCAUUCUGUACUGUGGGCUGUCAGGAGCUCUGGCUUGUGCUGGAAGUUCAGAGACUGGGUGUCCUACCCAGACGCCCUCAUGCCUUCCCACAGUGAUCACAGCAAGUUCACAAUGGCCCACCUGCUCCCAUUCCCCUCUUGCUCCUUAGUAACAGGAGCACCAGGCUUUUCUAGGAGAAGAGACUGUCAGGGGAAGGUAGAUUGAAGAUGAGGGGAAGAUGAAGUCAGUUAUCAUUGUCAUCUCAGCUGACAGGUCAAGCCUUGGUGCAGAGUCACCCUUCUUGGCUGAGUCAUUAGGGCCAGAGACGGAUUGGUGGGAUAAGAGCCAAAUACUGCCAGAGAAGCGCCGCUUCUUCAUAAAGAGAAGAGGAGCUCCUUGGAGUUCAGCAUGAGUUUCAGGACCAUGGCCAAGAGGAGUGGCAUCCUUAUUUGGGGGAUCCUGCUGUCCCUCUCCAGCUGCUUUGCCUUCUAUGAGGACCUUGUCAAGUGUUUCCAGGAUCCUGACUAUGAGGCCUUCCUUCUCAUUGCCCAGAAUGGGCUCCAUCACUCCCCGCUGUCCAAGCGUGUAGUGGUAGUGGGAGCUGGCAUGGCAGGCCUAGUGGCAGCUAAGACCCUACAGGAUGCUGGUCAUAAGGUAACCAUCUUGGAGGCCAGCAACCACACUGGAGGUCGGGUGGUCACACUGAGAAACAAGGAGGAAGGCUGGUACUUUGAACUUGGACCAAUGCGAAUCCCAGAAAGCCACACGCUAACCCGCACCUAUGCCCAGAAGCUUGGCCUGAAGCUUAGUAAGUUCAUCCAGUAUGAUGGCAACACCUGGUACCUACUCAAUGGACAACGUCAUCGUGCAUCGGAAGUCAUGGCUAACCCAGAGAUCUUGGGCUACCCCCUGAGGCCCACAGAGAAGAACAAAACCGCCACAGACCUGUUCUACCAAGCCAUCACUAAGAUCAAACCACGUACAAAGACAUUCAACUGCAGCCAGCUGCUGUCCCUUUAUGACUCUUACUCCACCAAGGCUUACCUGAUGAAGGAAGGGAUGCUGAGCAAAGGGGCCAUCAAGAUGAUCGGGGAUAUAAUGAAUGAGAGCGCUGGCUACUAUAAGUCCCUCCUGGAGUCCCUGAGGACUGCUAGCAUUUUCUCCAAAGAUAACCAAUUUUCAGAGAUCACUGGUGGCUUUGACCAACUCCCCAAUGGCCUCAGUGCCAGUCUGAAACCUGGCACCAUCCGUCUGGGGUCCAAAGUAGAAAGAGUAGUGAGAGCCGGGCCCACGGUCGAGGUUUUGUACCGCACAGAUGGGCCCACCUCGGCACUGCACAAACUCACUGCGGAUUAUGCCAUCAUCUCUGCCUCAGCCAAGGCCACACGCCUCAUCACCUUCCAGCCACCUCUCUCCGGAGACAAAACAUAUGCCCUGCGCUCCCUUCACUACACUGGUGCCUCCAAGGUGGCUUUGGUGUGCAACAAACGCUUCUGGGAACAGGAUGGCAUCCGGGGCGGCUACUCCAUCACUGACCGACCCUCCCGCUUCAUUCACUAUCCCAGCCACAGCCUGCCAGAUGGCAAGGGAGUCCUGCUGGCCUCUUUCACUGUGGAUGACGAUUCUUCUUUCUUUACCGCCCUGAAGCCCAACCAGGUGGUGGAUAUUGUCCUGGAUGACCUUGCGGCAGUACACCGCAUACCCAAGGAGGAACUAAAGCGCAUGUGCCCGAAGUCAGAAAUCAAGCACUGGUCUCUAGACCCCUUCACUUUUGGUGCCUUUGCUGAGUUCACACCCUACCAAUUUGUGGACUAUUCGAAGCAGCUCUUCCAGCCAGAGGGUCGCAUCUACUUUGCUGGGGAGCAUACCGGCCUGCCGCAUUGCUGGAUAGACACAGCCAUCAAGACUGGCAUCCGGGCUUCCAGAAACAUUCAGGCUGCAGUGGACAAGGAGGCCACUCGGGGACAGAUAGCUCUUCAGAGGCCCUUUGCCAACAAUCAGGAUUUCCCCCACUCCCACCAAGAACAAUCUGUGGGACAGUCUAAGAGAGUAGGCUAGCAGAUGCAAGGAGGCAGCAACCCAGGUCACCACUGGUCCCUUGGCCUGCAAGCAGGAGCCCAGCUGAGAAAGUGACAAGAGACAUCACUCCCAUCCUGUCUCACUCCCUGCCUAAUUCUCUACGAGAAACAGCAGAGCCAAGGGUGUAGAAAGGCAGGGGGUAGCUGUCAAGGCUGGAGAAUUCUAGAAUCAGCCUUUAGCUUGAAGGAACUUGUCUCCUGCUACAAAACAAUAACAAGCAAAAAAGAAAAAAG